GGUGUUGCUUAAUCUAUGAGCGUUGCGAUGCGAGGGCGCGCCUGGAGGUACAGGGAAGAAGAGGCGGGCCGACACGAGGGCGCGCCUGAAGGUGCAGGAGAGAAGAGGCUGGGCGACACGAGGGCGCGCGCUUAUGUGUAUGUACACAGUCAGUCAGCUGCAGCUACGAAGUGACUGCGUUGCGGUUAAGCUUCAAAUAGUCGCGUCGGUAUUUGUUGCGGUUUCAGAGUUUGUGUCGAUAUUGGAUGGUCUUUCUUGUUAGUUUUUCUGCGCGUUUGCUCUCUAGUUGGACUCGCAUUACUAUGUGUUUGAGCUCAGAGUCAUGGAGUGUGUGUUAUGGUGGGGUAGAAAGGGGGUAUUAAAUCUGCCUUUGCCCCACUGCAUCGAUUGAUCCUCACCACAUGCCUAUACCGAGACUGGAUCUGAUUUCAAACCUGUUUUAUUACUCUGGAUUUCAAGCUGAUCUCAUUUACAUUUAAAGGGAACUGAGACCAUUAAAAAACAACAGUAAGUAGAUUACUGUGUAAAUUCAGAUGAUGGAGGCUGUGAUAGAAAAAGAGUGCAGUGCUCUUGGCGGACUUUUUCAGACCAUCAUCACAGACAUGAAGAGCAGUUAUCCCAUCUGGGAGGACUUCAUCAGCAAAGCUGUGAAGCUGCAGUCUCAGCUCAGGACAACUGUGGUUGCAGUGGCAGCGUUCCUGGACGCUUUUCAGAAAGUGGCUGACCUUGCCACCAGCACACGAGGUGGCACCAGAGACAUCGGCUCAGCGCUCACCAGGAUGUGCAUGAGACACAGAAGCAUUGAAGCCAAACUACGGCACUUCUCAAUGGCAUUUAUUGAAUGUCUGAUAAACCCACUCCAGGAGCAGAUGGAGGAAUGGAAGCGAGGGGCAAACACGCUGGAUAAAGAUCAUGCUAAAGAAUACAAGCGAGCUCGACAGGAGAUUAAAAAGAAAUCUUCAGAUACCCUCAAACUCCAGAAGAAAGCAAAGAAAGCUGAUGCUCUGGGGAGAGGAGAUAUUCAGCCUCAGCUUGACAGCGCCAUGCAAGACGUGAGUGAUAAAUACAUCUUGCUGGAGGAGACGGAGAAGCAGGCUGUCAGGAAGGUGCUGAUCGAGGAGAGGGGACGAUUCUGUGCCUUCGUAUCUAUGCUUAAACCUGUGGUGGAUGAAGAAAUGUCUAUGCUGGGAGAGAUCAUUCACCUGCAGACCAUUGCUGAUGAUCUGAAGGCUUUGACCAUGGACCCCCACAAACUGCCACCUGCCAGUGAGCAGGUCAUUCAUGAUCUGAAAGGCUCAGACUACAGCUGGUCGUAUCAGACCCCUCCAUCUUCUCCCAGUACCACUAUGUCCAGGAAGUCUAGCAUGUGCAGCAGUCUGAACAGUGUGAACAGUAGUGACUCCAGAUCCAGUGGGUCGCACUCUCACUCCCCUUCCCCACACUAUCGCUAUCGCAGCUCGACACUGCCCCAGCAGGCCCCGGCGCGCCUCUCCAGCAUUUCCUCCCACGACUCGGGCUUCAUCUCGCAAGAUGCCUUCCAGUCCAAGUCUCCGUCCCCGAUGCCCUCCGAAUCUGCCCCCCAGACUACCUCCAGUUCCGCCUCCUCGGAUGCCUCUGAGACCUGUCAAUCAAUCAGCGAGUGCAGUUCUCCCACUUCCAUUGGCUCAGGUGGAGCCGCCGCCUGUUCAGAAAAGUUAUCAAACGGCUAUGAUCAUUACGGCCUGGGAGAGUCGUCGUACCUGAGCGGAGGGGGUAUGGGAGGGCCGUUCCCUUACUUUCCCCCCGCCUCCUCCAUAUCCUCUUCCUCAUCCUCCUCUUCCUCCACGCUGCGUUCAUGGUCACGUCCGGGCUCAGCCCUCAUGUCCGAUUUCCCUCACUAUUGCACCCUGGGCCCAGGCAUGAUCCCUUCCUCCAAAGUCCCCGGCUGGAAGGACUGGGCUAAACCUGGACCUUAUGAUCAGCCCAUGGUCAACACAUUGAGGAGAAAAAAAGAACCAAAGCAAGCAGUGGACAAAAACGGCAGUUCAAACGGCACAAUCCCCACCUCUCAACCAAUCACAAGCUUUUCUCCUCCUGGGGACGCUCAGGGUGCCAGGAGCAUGAAUGCCGUGCCGAAGGUGGAUGAAAUGGAGGUUCACCAGGAGCUGACCCUGGCUCUGACCCGCGGCCUUCAGCUGGACAUUCAGCGCUCCAGUCGAGACUCCCUGCAGUGUUCCAGUGGCUACAGCACUCAGACAACAACACCCUGCUGCUCCGAGGACACCAUUCCCUCACAAGUUUCCGACUACGACUAUUUUUCGGUAAGUGGAGAACCAGAGGUGGAUCAGCAGGAUUUUGACAAAUCGUCGACUAUCCCACGCAACAGCGACAUCAGCCAGUCCUACCGCAAGAUGUUUCAGGCCAAGCGUCCAGCUUCCACAGCCGGUCUUCCUUCCACACACGGCCCUGUCAUUGUCACGCCCGGUGUAGCCACAAUCCGUCGUACACCCUCUACCAAACCCUCCGUCCGUAGAGCAACCAUGGGCACCGGGCCAAUACCCAUCAAAACCCCAGUCAUCCCAGUGAAGACGCCAACUGUGCCGGAUUUUCCAGGUGGGUUCCCCGUCCAACUAGGAUGCAGCAGUGAAGAGGGAGAGGAGCCAGCCAGCCCUGACUCGCCAAACCUGGGAGAAGACAGGGAGCGGGAGGGAAUCCUGCCUGUGGCGUCCUGGAGUGGGCAGGCGUCCACGAACCCUCCCCUGCCAUCUGGACCACAUGGUUCACCCGGAGGUUCGGGUGGACUUGAAGAAGACCCAGAAGACUUGGACUUAGAAGACCCGCAGAGCGACACCAUGCUUUUGGCAAUCCGCAGAGGAGUCAAGCUAAAGAAGACCAUGACCAACGAUCGCUCUGCGCCAAAAAUUGCAUGAUAGAGCGUUAAGUAAUGUGUAUUAAUAAUGUACAAAGACUGUUAAUAAGCCUUAAUAGAGGGAAAUCAUGUGUAGCAACAGUUACAAGCUGCAGAAAAGCAGAGAAGACAACACGCCGUGGGACAUCUCAGCACAUCUCGAUGUGGCCUAAUGUCCCAAGACUGUUAAAAGAGUUUAACGUUCGAUUCUAUUUGCCUCCUGGGGCUUCUAAGUUCGCAGUAGUUUAAACAUGUAUAUUCUUUAAAUACAUAACACAAGCAUGAAGCCGUACUUCUGUAACUUUAGUUGAUUAAGAUCAACUCGAUAUAAACUUAACCUACAAAAACUAAAUGUUUAGAUCUUAGUUACGACACAAAUGGCAUGAUAUUAUACUUUCAGUUAUUGAUUCCCUGCUCGAAUAUACGUUACGCAUUAGCGGACAAAAGUACUUUUAUCUGUUUGUAUGAAAAUGUAAAUAUUGACAGAGGUAAGAAGGAACCCACAGAUUUUAUUUAUUUAUCAGCACACUCUGCUUUAAUCCUUUACCAGAUAAACUUUCCAACAUUAUUUUGUAUAUUGUGUUAAUAAAGAACAAGGUAAAUUAGUCAGUACAAGCACACACACACACACUUUCCUACACUUCUCAGACGGUUUUAGGACAGCUUUUCUUCUUUGAAGUUCUUAGUGCUGCUGAAUGCAGAUGUAAGCAGUACUUAGAAUAGGAAGCGCUAUACUAUCAAUACUUAGUUGACAGUGGUGGAGCGGUGCCCUAAUAGUUUAAGCCUGGCUCAGUAUAUUUGUAUAUGUGCUUAAAAUGGCAAACUAGGAUUUACAAAGGGUAAAUCUGAGGAAAUGGAAUAUACAGUUGACCUUGUCGUUAACAUGUCCUGAAGACCAGGACAUGGUGUUAUGAAGCAUGUCUUAUUGUACCAUCUAUAUCCAACAAGUGUGAAUGCUUUUAACGGUCAAACUGAGCACAAAUCAACCGUCAGCUUAAACACAUCCGAGAGGAUAGAUGGAUUUUGUAAGGGGUGUGACUGAGUCCUAAAUCAUUUCAUGUUUCCACUGUUUGGCGCACGUGCUGUGUAUUUAGUUUUCUUCCAACCAGUGUGUAGUUCACACAUCCAUCACCUUUCUUUUCUCCAUUAGUUUUUUCUUCCGCAGCUUUAAAUGGAAUAAAACUGUGUUAAUUGUGCGUGUGUGUCAUUUUUGUAAAGAUCACAUCCUCAGAUGCAUUGAUUCUGUUUGUAUUGUUUUUUUACAAAUUUAUUUUUCAUUCAUUCAAACCCAUUUGAGGCCAGCAGGUCUACUGAGGGGGACGACAAGAACUCACGUUUGGUCUGUAGACACAUGUUGUUUAGGGGAAGCACAAUUUCUCACCGUGUCCAUUUCAAUAUUUUGAUGUACAGUAUCCAAUCGCAAUGUACCAUGUAGUCAUGCCGUGUGAAACUGUUAAAUUUACAGUUAUGUGACAAGUCAGUGAUCGGAAUUAUUUCUUCUCCGUGGACCAGCCUAGUAAUGUUGUCUCGGUACAAACGUGUAAAAUAUUAUGUGAAAUUCUGACAAAUUAGCGGAUGCUUCCUUGCAUAUGAUGCUAUAAUCUUGUAUGUACUCUCGCUCUCUACUAAAAUGUUUGUAAAAAUCUUGGUUCUAAACAGCCUGUAUGUCAGAUUAUGAUUUCAGAGCAUUUGGAGAUAUUUCUAAAGCUACCAAAUUGUGUCUAUGUUGAUUUUGUGCUAACAAAAUUGUUCUUUUUCUAAAGGCUGACAUCUAGUACAAGUUAGCUUUGUUUUUGUUCACAGUAUCAUAGUUUGAGUAGUUUGUACUGAGAGUUGAUUUCGACUACGUGCAUUUGAAGUUAAAAUCACUUUCUGUAUGUUUUCCUGUAUACUUACUGCUGCAUAUAUAAAAUAUAGUUCUUGAAUGAU